UAUAUUUUUUCACAUUAUACAUUUUUAAAUGUAAAAUGCAAUCAAAACUAAAAAUUUCACGUGUUACAAAUAAAGGAUUGCAUUUUUUAAGCAGCAGAUAUGAAAAUAAGUUUUCAUUUUAUCAGAAACACACAUUUGCGGCGCUUCCGCCGUUAGCUACAGGAUAUAAUCCAGCAUCUGUGGAGCAAGACAAAUAUGUAUUUCAAAAAACACAAAAACAUUGUGGUAGUAAACACGGUCCAUAUCGGAUGCUCCUUCCUCCACCGAAUGUAACAGGAAAUCUGCACUUAGGACAUGCAUUGAAUGCGACUUUACAAGACGUUAUAUGCCGUCAGCAACGACAAUUGGGAUAUGAAGUAGAAUGGAUCCCGGGCACAGAUCAUGCGGGCAUUGCUACACAAGUGAUUGUGGAAAAAAAUUUGUUUAAGGAACGUGGUAUUACACGACACCAACUCGGGCGCACACCAUUUUUAUUGGAAGUAUGGAAAUGGAAACGAAAAAAAGGUGAUAGGAUCAUAGAAGAUCUUCGUAAACUAGGAUGCACGCUAGAAUGGGAUAGCGAAUACUUUACAAUGGAUGAGAAACAAUCACGAGCUGUCAAUACAGCAUUCAUUCGUCUGUUCGAUGAAGGUCUCAUCCAACGACACAAAUCGCUAGUCAAUUGGUCUUGUGCGCUAGAGUCUGCUAUCUCCGACAUCGAAGUGGAUUUAUUAGAGCUAAGUGGACCCACUGCGCUAACUGUGCCAGGUCAUAAAGCCAGUGUUGAAUUUGGAAGAUUGUACGAUAUUAAAUAUCGUGUAUGCAAUUCAAAUGAUGAAAUUACAGUUUCGACAACGAGGCCAGAAACUGUGCUGGGCGAUGUUGCAGUAGCUGUACACCCACAAGAUCCAAGAUAUGAAAAAUAUCGCAAUCAAGAGCAAGUUUCUCUCAACCAUCCUUUUCGCAACGAACAGAUUCCUCUUGUUUUCGAUGUCAAAGUAGACCAGAACUUUGGCACUGGUGCAGUCAAAAUCACUCCCGCCCACGAUCGUAUUGAUUAUGAAAUAGCUAAACAACAUCUUCUGGAACCCAUACAAGUAUUCACAGAACAAGGGACUAUUACAGAUAAAUUUGAAGUAUUUAAAGGUUUGCCUAGAUUCGUAGCACGCGAGCGCGUUUUGGAUGAACUCUCAAACCUUCAGCUGCUAGGAGCUGCCAAACCACAUGCCAUGGUAUUACCCAUCUGCUCGCGUUCAAAAGAUGUAGUCGAGUACAUGUUGCGACCUCAGUGGUUUUUGCAUUGUAAACCCUUGGCGGAGGCUGCCAUCUCCGAAGUACGAAGUGGUCGAAUGAAAAUUCAACCUGAAAACUUCGAGAUUGAUUGGUAUCGAUGGCUUGAAGCAUGUCGUGAUUGGUGUAUUUCUCGUCAAUUGUGGUGGGGACAUCAAAUUCCCGCUUACUUGGCUACAGACAUUGAGGGCAACACUUGCUGGGUAGCUGCACUGAACACAGAAGAAGCUACGAAACUUGCUAAAACGAAAUUAAAUGCAGAGCUUCGGAGUGUGGAACGAGAUCCGGAUGUGUUGGAUACAUGGUUUUCCUCAUCACUGCUGCCUUUCUCCGUAUCCAACUGGCCCUCGUCGGAGUAUAAAAGUCGUUACCCAUUGGACUUAAUGGCCACAGGACAUGAUAUUCUAUUUUUCUGGGUGGCUCGUAUGGUAAUGAUGGGAGUAAAGCUAACAGGUGAAGCGCCAUUUAAGAGAGUGCUCUUAAAUGGCAUUGUGUGCGAUGCGCAUGGUCGAAAAAUGUCGAAAAGUCUGGGUAAUGUAGUAACUCCAAACCAAGUUGUACAAGGCGCCAGUUUAGAGGAGCUGCAAAAAGAGAUACAGACUUCUUAUGAUGCGGGCAUACUAAGUGAAGUUGAAUUGAAAAAAUCGCUUAGAGGGUUGCAAAAAAUGUUUCCACAAGGCAUACAACAAUGCGGCACCGACGCACUUCGUUUCACUCUAUGCAGUCACAAUAUCAAAAAUCAUUUUGUCAACUUCGACGUGGCCGAGUGUUAUACGAACAAACUAUUUCUUAAUAAAAUCUGGCAGGCAACUAGAUACACCAUUGGUGCGGCUGAAAAGCUGAAUUUAUCUCUUACCGGUAUCGAGACUAUGGGAAAUUGCCCAUUAAGCAAAUGGGAUCGCUGGAUACUCAGUCGUUUGGCAGACACUUUAACAACAGUUAGUCAAAGUAUUGAGAAACACGACUUCCACUUGGCCACAGCUGCGCUUAAACAAUUCUUUUAUAAUAACCUGUGCGACGUAUAUCUGGAAACCACAAAACCAGCAAUUAAUGAAGGUACGGCAAAUGGUUACAUUAGUUGUGCUACAUUGGCGACUUGUCUAAGCUGGGGCCUUCAAGCAAUAUCAGUGUUUACUCCAUUCAUCGUCGAGGAGUUGCUGAAAUAUUUGCCACGCGGCAUACAUCUGCACUUAAGUAGGUAUUUCAAUGCUGAUGUGGAGGCAGAAAUUGAGGUGAUAUUGACAAUAUGUCAAGCCGUGCGGCAGCUGAAGAGCCAAAAUAAAAUAUCGAAAAAGCAUGAACCAUGCCUGUUUAUAUUCGUCCCUGAUCCAAAGGCUCUUGCUGAGCUUGAAUUGCAUUUGAAACCAAUAAGCGCACUGACAUCAACCACAGAGGUGUUUGUGGAACAUCUAACACCGAAUGAACUGAAGCUGCGCAGGCAGUCGUUUCAGUUCUUCUCAACUGCGGGACAUCACUGCUCUUUCGGUUUGCAAGUAAAUAGAAUUUAUGAGCAAACGAGAAAAGUAGUUAAACCCAGUCAUGAACUGAACCAAAAGAAACUGGAUCGCCUGCAAGCAGAAGUGGAACGCUACCGCAUGAGAAUCAAUGACGAAGGCUUCCUGCGCUCGGCUAGUGAACAAGUGCAAAAGCGACACAACCAAAAGAUUCAACAAUUAGAAUUAGAAAUAAAAAAUAUUCGAAAUUUGACCAGUUAAAAUAUGUUAAAAAAGUUAGCAAAAUGUAUAAGGCUUUGUUAAGUUAAACUUUUUGUUGUUGCCUUACUAUGUACGGAGCUUUAAAAAUCGGAAUUGUACAUAACUAUCUAUUAAAUAAAUGUAAAAAAAGAAAACGAUUGAUAAAACACUGAA